UUCGCGCGGAUGAUUCGGGGGUUGUGGGUACUUUGAUGUGUUUGGUUUCGCUUUGGGUAACUGUGACCCUCUAGCGAGCUGGGUUGUAAAUGACCAAGUUGAGCGGUGGUUUGCCCUGGUCUGCAGUGUGCUGGGGAGGAGGGAGCAGCAGCCAGGAAGCUCUUUGUGCUGCUCCCAGUGUGGUGGGUGCCAUGGGCUUUUCAGAACGAUAAGACUUUUCCAACUCAGGCUCAUUUCUCAGAUUCAUCAGGGUUAUUUUUUUUUAAACAUACAGAGACCUGAAGCCUUACAUAUUGAAAAAUACUCAGCUGCAAGUCGGGCAGUUUCUGUGAGACAGAAACAGAGUUAGUGUCUUAGCACAAUGCCCCAAAACUUUAACCAUUUACUUUAUUUUCAGAUUUCCUGCUCUGCUGAACUUGGCUUUUGACUAUGGUCCUUAGUGUAUUGGCCUGAACAAAGUAGAUGGAGGAGUUGAGAUGGGCCAGACCUUCUGAAGACUAAGAACAGAAGCUUCAGAAUUUGCUUGAAUCUUUGAGCUCAGUUAGCGGCAAUUUGACUUCGAAGGAAUUAAACUGCCUACAAAAAUCCUGGAAUCUUGUGGUCUGGAUUUCCCCUUUCCCAACCUCACAUCGAAUCCAGGACCAAGCCGAGGGAUUUGCCAGGCACCCAGCAACAGUGAUGUCAUCAAACAAGGUUCACAUGAUGUGGCGCACAGAGAUUAUAUUGGACAAAGUAAGAAAAAUCCUGCAGCAGAAAGGGUAUACAGAUAUUGAAUGUGUCGGCCAAGGCGGAUUCAGUAUUGUAUAUAAGGUAUUCCGCAGUCUUGAGGAGAAAGUCUAUGCAGUGAAGUGCAUCCAUCUUCCGCACAGCAAGAGGUGUGCUGAAAGCACCUUCCUGACCGAGGUGAAGAUUCUUUCGAAGCUAAAUCACAGGAACGUUGUGCACUAUCAUGAUGCUUGGAUUGAAGAACUGGAGCAUCCUAUGAAUAUUGAAUGGAUAGAGCAAGCUCAACCUGACCCUUGUGACAGUUCAUAUGACCCCAUCUUGGCAACGGCACCUCCACCGUGUGACAACUCCGUUGAGUGGUUAGACAGCGACCCAAGUGAUUGCCAAGACACUGGUUCUGACGUAGACAACCAAUCAUCCAUUUCUCCAGCUACAAAAUGGAAACGUCCAACUGGUUCUGCCGAGGGAUCGGAGGUGGCAAGUACUGUGGCUGAACGCCUCAGUGAAAUUCAGGCAACUGUAAACUCUCUAAAGCACUCUGAUGAAGAACAUUUAAAGAAACUUAGGUUUCUUUUUAUUAAGAUGGAUUUUUGCAAGAUGACACUGGAAAAGUGGAUAGAAAAUCACUGCCACACAUGUUUCAACUUCAAAUGCUGUUCGAAGAUCAUUAAGGAGAUGCUUCAAGGUUUGAGAUACAUCCACAGUCAGGAUAUUAUACAUCGAGACCUGAAGCCGGGAAACAUAUUUAUUGACGAAGACGGAAUUGUGAAAAUUGGAGAUUUUGGUUUGUCCAGAUUCUGUACAUCUCAGGGAUGCGCAGAACACAAAACUUUCACCUCUAAGAACAAAAUGGAUGUACAAGUGGAUUUGAGUGCAGACAAUGAGAAACUCACAGCAAACAUUGGAACAUAUGGAUACCUGGCUCCAGAAGUUAGAACAAGCCAUCACAAGACCAUCUAUGACUCGAAGGCUGAUAUGUACAGUUUUGGGAUGGUAAUCCUGGACAUGCUGUUUCAGUGUACUGCACAAGAGCGCCAGAAAUGGAGGGACCAGAUUGGACAAUGUAAUUCUCAAUGUUACAUACAUGAACUUUUUGUCGACAAAACAAAAGCCUUCCUUUUGCGCCCAGAGUUCUUGAGCUUGACAUGUCGAGAAUUGUUGCAGGAUGAUCCCCAGAAGAGGCCCAGUGCUGAGGAGAUCCUUCACAGCAAGGAUAUGGGCCUUCUACCUGACGAGAGGAGGAGACUGGAAGAAAUACUUAAUCAAACACUCUCAUCACCAGAUAAAGACACACACAGAGAAACCAUCAAGUUGAUUUUUGAACGUCUUGUUGGAAAAGUUUCUAAGGAUCAAGAAUCUGCUUACUAUCAUGCACUUAGUGAGAUCAUGGACCUGGCCUUUACCAUGUCAUCAUCCAGGUCAUGGCGAAACGUUGAAAGAGAACUUAGGCGAAUAUUUCAAAAGCAUGGUGGUGUUCCUGUGGAUAUUCCCGAGAUUAUUCCGUUCAGCGUGGGAACAUCCUGUCGCUGUGACAUCACAACAAUGCUGAGCAGUGAUGGGUAUAUUUAUGAAAUGACCCUAGAUCAUAAGAUACCCUUUGUACGUUUUGUCCAUAAAAACAAAAUCAGUGAAAUUAAAAGAUACUGCAUGAAGAAAAGGUUUCUUCCAAAUGGGCUUCCUUACCAAAUACACUGCGCGUUUGAUAUCGUCGAUGUGGAGCUGGACUCCAUCUUCUCUGUUGCAGAGUUAAUUCAAAUUGUGUCAGAGAUUGUGAACAGAUAUCCUUCAGCUGGGAAACGAUACAGGAACCUGAUUGUUAGUCACACACUGUUAGAAGAAACUCUCUUCGCAAAUGGAAAUCCAGAAUGUGGCUCAAAGGAUCACUGUGCAAAGUCUUGCUCUGGCAGGUUAUCAUUCAGUGCCAUAUCCCAACAACUGGAAACGUUCUUGCAGCUGAACCAACGUUUUGAUGAGAGUAUCACCCGGUGUUGGGAAUCACUGACAACUCUACAGAAGUUAUUUGUGGAUUCUGCUUUCACUGUAAAGGUUGGAAGUUUGCGUGGUACAGAAGAGAUAAAUUUGAAGCAUUAUGAUGGAUUACUGUUUGCUUUGUACGGUGCAGGUGCAUCUGACUUUCUGGCCUUUGGAGGGCAGUAUACAAAACUACUCCGAAGUUUUGAUGCUUCUUUUGGAGAGUUGCCUGAGCUGUCUGCUGCUGGCCUAAACGUCGAUCUCCAGAAACUCGUAGAAGCAGAUGAAAAGACAAAGAAACCUGAAAGGAUGAUGGACAAAAUUUGUAUUCAUUGCAUUCCUGACACAAGUGCGGAAGUCUGUUUUAAGUUGGCAAGAAGGCUUUGGGAAGCAGGCAUACACGUUAGAUUGGUGACCAGACUUAAUGAGAAAAAGGUUGCAGCUGAAAGCCUUGAAAAGGGAAGGAUAUUUGUUCUACAACCAGAAAGUGAAACCGAUUUAAAGGUGUUGCUGUAUGACAGAGGAAAUGUUUCAAUCAUAAAUAGCAUUGAGAAGCUUUUACAAUGUGUGAAAAAGUCCGCAAAACUGGCUCCCUCAAGGUGCUCACCGAAGAGAAAAAUGUGUCCCAAGAGGCAGUUGAAUGUACCAAGGCAACGUUGUGCACUGCGAAAGUAUUGAGAAUGACACAUUGCCUGAUGGUAACUGUGCAACUGGACUCAUGAUCAAGAUAAGAAAUUGUUAAUAUUUGCAUCUUUUUGGUAAUAUCUUGUGGUCUUGCUUUUGUGUGCCUGUAAAUGCUAUAAUUAAAGGGAAAGUUACCUGAAACUGUGGCAACAUCCUAAAUGUUGAAUGUACUGGUCUUCACCAUCACUACUUUUCUCACAUAUUUUGCGCUUUAUCAAGUCUUGUUCAGAUUCUUGCAAAAGCAUUAUAAUUGCACUAAGUUCCAUCAUGGUGACCCCUUGAACCUUUACCUUAACAUAUUCAAUGCUGACAUGUCAGUGUGUUUCAAACAAGUAUGAUAAUUUAUUUCCUUUAUCAGAAUUCUACUGCUAUUAAAUACAGGAUACUAAUGUCACAUAUGUGAUGUAAGAUUUUUAGAAUAUUGUACGAAGAUUAUAAUGCUGUUAAUGUUUUAUAUAUCACUGUGUUAAAAUGUUUAUUAAAUAAUCAUUAAAAAGUUUAUGGAGUAGCAA